AUGUCAAACCUAGGACAGGACAUCAAAUCGGGCCUCAAGGGCAUCCGAGGAGCCGGUGAAGCCAUUCGGGGCACCUUUAACGAAGCUGCCGACCAGGCCCUCGACACCAACCAGAAGCACCCGGCAGCUCAGGAAAGCCAGCUCAAGAACCGCGGCAUCGCGGAGAAGGGAAAGGAGGACAUCAGAGGCGCGGACGACAUGAUCGCGCGUCACGAGUGGAAACAUAAGGGCGUCGCACCACCCGCUACGGCUGCUCAGACUGCUCCGGUCACCGGGCAACAAACGACCAUGGCUGGCACCACAGCUGGCCCUACGGCUGGUACCACCGACGGGCUAGGGUCAACGGCGCCGGCGACACAAGCUGGCCGGUAUUAG